AUGUCGGAGAUCGGCAUCCGUCAGUAUGAUGAUGAUGAGUAUGCUGAAAAUGAGACUGCAGCCCUGGAGGCUCAAGCCUUGCAGAAUUUAGGAGAGUCAGAGGAUGAAGACGAAGAUUCCGAUGGUAGUCGCACCGGUUCCGAUGGUGAUAGCUCCAGUUCUGAUGAUGAAUCGACUGAAAGUCCUGAACAGCCUGACACAGGAGCUCCAAACAAUACAGUAGAGUCUAAGGAGAAUAAUGUUCGAGGUUUAACAAGAUUGAAGAAGCUAAAGAAAAAUUUUGACGGCGAGAAGCAUGAGUUGUCCAUUAGGGAGAUAAGGCGCGUAAGAACCACAAAUAUAACCACAGGAGGGAAGAGCAGGUCUGGAAAAUACAAACAAAAGUCUCCUGCAUCUGAGCAUCUACCCCUUAGUUCACCAGACAAUUCUCAAUCGAAAGACAAAACUGAACUUUCAACGAUUGGUAAAUGCAAACUGGCUCAUGCUUCACUGAGAAAUAUCAUUGCAUGGGGUUCGGUUCUUCCAUCAGUGCCAGGUCAGAAGGUUCAUGGAGAUCCACUCCGGGAUGAUUGUGUCAGAGUGACGGUUGAAAAGUCGAUAUUAAAGAAUCAUUGUUUGCCAGUCCCAUCUACUCAUCUCAAAACAGUAGAGGAUGCUGAAAAAUCUAUAGUAGCUUGGCCUAAAGAGUUUGUGAUCUCUUGCUCUAGUGGCCAUCCACUUUCAGACCCCGGUGAACAUGAUUCUGACCCAAACGAUGAAUAUGAUUCUGACCCAAACACUAAGAAGACAAAGAAGAAGAAACCUUCAUAUAUGAAGAGCGGGGAACUAAAGUCUCGGAGAUCCAGCAAGAGACUCAAGACUGCAGCCUAAUUAUUAAUAGAAAUAGUCGUGGACUAUAGGAUUUGGAUGUUUAAACUUUUAAGUCUCUCUUUGAAAGUUUGUUUUCUCAAGGUUACUGCACAAUUAUCAGAUUGAGAUGUUUAUUAUAUUGUGAAAUGAAAUUAUUUUGGU